GGCUAAUUACGGAAAAGACCUUUGUCUAUGCGCAUACGCCCCCAAAAAAAUCUUCAAAAUUGGGUACUAUUUUUGUCGAACAGUUGGUGUGCAUAAACCCACUAAAACUCCCGAUGAGAGGCGUCAUACCCAUAAACCCUCAGAAGAAGAUAGAAGCUGAUUCGAAUCCCGUCAAAGAAUCAGAUUACUAUGAAGGCGAACGUCUUACUCAUCUGCUCGACUUGAUUCAGAGAGAAAUUGAGACUUCGAAGCUUUCGAAUGUGAACUCAUUGCCUGAGAAGAUAUGGCUCAAGAAACAAGUCGCGAUUGGGAUCAACGAAGUCACUCGUGUUCUCGAGAGGAUGAAGUCCAACACUAGUGACCAACAACAAAACCCUAAACAACCUUCGGUUCAACUUCAGGUAGUGAUUGUAGUAGCUGACUGUAAACCGAGGAUGCUAACAAAGCAUAUACCCAACUUAGCUGCUUCCAGGGAUGUUCCUGUUCUCUAUAUUAGAGACAACAAACGAGCCUCUCUCAGAUUAGGUGAGUUGGUUAACCUCAAGACUGCUCUAGCCAUUGGUGUUAAGGCGAGAGGAAACGAACUCAACCUAAUACUCCAACAGCAGAUUCUGCCGACAGAUUCUUGAUCCUGUAAGAGAAGGGAAUUUUUUUUUAUCUUGUUUCCAUGUGAUCCUUUCUCAGUGUAGUAGUAGUAGUAUAUACAGAUAAAUGACAUUGACAACCAAUUUAGCGAUUUCAGUUGUCUCGAAUGUAUA